AUGCGGCACAUGGGAUCGGCGUGGUUAGGGCAGAAGUGCGACGCAGGACGGGCGCCUGCAGAAAGGGGCAAUGAAUGGGGUCAAUUUCGAUAUGGGCAGCAUAAUGCACGCUUUUGUACCCAGCGGUGUCUACUUGGCCUGCAACAGCGUGAUCUGCUCGAUGACGCCUGCCCGAAUGUGGAUCUCCAUAAACAAGGCGGAGACGGUAGGCUGCACGCCAUUGAUUUCACAACUUUGGUGCAGCAUGUGAAGGAACAGCUGGAUGACAAUAUCGACCGGAACUGUAUGCCAAUGGGAGGCUGUGGAGCAUCAGGAGCGCCGUUCAAGGUCACUUGUGCUGCAUAUGGGUACACUGUUGUUGGAAAAGGCAUGACCUCCUGCCGGUGGCGGGAGCUCUUGCGCGAAGCUGAGGUAUAUUGUUUCUUGCAGCAGGCUCAGGGUUCUGCAGUUCCUGUUUUCCUAGGAGCAAUUGACCUGGAGAAGACCUACCUCCUCCAUGGGGCUGGGGCAAUUCGGCAUAUGCUACUUAUGGGGUGGGGUGGGGAUCCUAACAGCAGCAUCGAGAAUAUGCCUUCUUGUCCAGAAUUCAAUAAGGAAGAGUUGAAUCGUGAGAUCUCGAAAUCUGUAAAGAAGAUCCACUCUCUCAGAGUUUUGCAUGAGGACCUUCGACCGGAUAAUAUUCUAUGGAACGCCGAGCUGCGGCGGGUCCUGAUUAUUGAUUUUCAUUGGGCUGGAUUGGACCGUCGACUGAAGAGAAAGCGGAUGAACUGGGCACAAGUGAGGCAAAUGUGCGGACGAGCAGAGAAGGAUUAAUAUCCAUUGAUUUGCUGAUGAAGUGGACCGAUGUAAUGAAAUUGAUUAGUUUAGUGCUUCUGUACACAUAUUCCACAGGAUCUAUGCACUGACCUCAAGAGUCAUUCACCUUGCGCUGGUUGUCGUGAUAGCAUUCAAUCUGAGCCGCCCACAGUGACUGCGGCACAGUUAGCCUCACAGACACAGAGCUUAGGACGGUCUACUGAUUUGUUGAACCAUUGUGCCAGGAACACGGCGUAGUUGGUGAUCCGUCUGGAACCACCUGGAAGGUGGAGACAAC